AUGGACUGGGUACGCAGGAGAGAUCUGCAAAGUCGUCAAAACGCCAAUAUUGAACCAAGCUGCGUCGCCUUGAAUACAGCCAAGCCAUGCUCCAAUGGUGAUGUCGUGGACUAUUUGGCGUCAAUCAGUGCCCAGCAUGAACAAAUCUAUACUUACAUGUGCUCAUUCCGUCACAGAGAGAACAAACCGUAUGUCAAUUUAAACAGAAACCAAGCAAAUGAUUUCAUGGCUCUUGUUGUUCUUCGCCGAACAAACACAGAUGAACCCCUCAAAUUUGCCAACACAUCAUUGAAGAAGCAACGGAAGAAGAAGACAAGUCCUCCCCCCCCCCAGCGUAGACAGUUGCACGACCAAGAUAAUAACAGACGUACAGUGGUCGCCUACAGUGAUAUAACAAUCCGAGUAACGAUAAAAAAGCACGCGCCAGUGCCUAUCAAGAAGGUACAAAGAGGUAUUGCUACCAAAGUCAUCGUCAUUCCAACAGACGAAUUCUGCACUUCUGUCUUUUGCUGCAAAUGCCCCCCCCAGAAGACCUCAACUUCGAUACUCUAA